GAAAUUCAGUUACAUCUUUCCUUUGCACACGGUAGGAACAGUCUCACAAACCAUCCUCUGUCGUUGGUUCGGUCGAGUAAGUUCGACUAUUCUUUGACUGGAGAAUGGCGAUUCAGAAAAAGCACGGCAAAGGCCGUCUCGACAAAUGGUAUCGUCUUGCGAAGGAAAAGGGCUACAGAGCGCGAGCUGCCUUUAAAUUGAUUCAGCUGAACAAGAAGUAUGGCUUCUUGGAAAAGAGCAAGGUGCUUCUGGAUCUUUGUGCAGCCCCGGGUUCAUGGUGUCAAGUAGCUGCAGAAUGUAUGCCCGCGCAGAGUAUCAUUCUUGGUGUUGAUUUAGCGCCGAUCAAGCCAAUUCCCCGAGUAAUAACUUUCCAGAGUGAUAUUACCACGGAUAAAUGCCGCUCCAUCAUCAGACAACAUCUAAAACAUUGGAAGGCAGACACGGUGCUUCAUGAUGGUGCCCCAAAUGUUGGUACAGCGUGGAUUCAGGAUGCUUUCUCUCAAGCAGAACUAGUGCUACAAUCAUUGAAGUUGGCAACGGAGUUUUUGAUUGCAGGCGGUACAUUUGUCACCAAAGUCUUUCGGUCAAAGGAUUACAAUUCUCUCUUGUGGGUUUUCAAACAACUCUUCACAUCCGUUGAAGCGACCAAGCCUCCUUCGUCUCGAAAUGUCUCCGCCGAAAUCUUCGUCGUCUGCCGCGGGUACAAGGCCCCCAAGCGCAUCGAUCCGAAAUUCCUUGACUCCAAACAUGUUUUUGCUGAAUUAGCUGAUACUACCCCUAAUAAUGAAGCCAAGGUGUUCAACCCAGAGAAGAAAAAGCGGAAGAGGGAAGGAUACGAGGAGGGAGACUACACCCAGUUCAAGGAGAUACCAGUGACAGAGUUUAUCAACACUACGGAUCCCAUUGCGAUUCUUGGAACAUAUAACAAACUCAGCUUUCAACAGUCACCAGGGGGUGAUAUUGCUCUAGCCACUCUGGAUAGACUGGAGGAGACUACAGACGAGAUCCGCGCUUGCUGUGAAGAUCUGAAGGUGCUGGGAAAGAAAGAAUUUCGACACCUUCUCAGAUGGCGACUUAAGGUUCGUGAAAAGUUCGGCCUUAUCGUGAGAAAAGGACAAAAUAAAAACAAAGAGGAAACCGAGGAAGUUGCCGAAAUCACGCCGAUGGACGAAGAAUUGGCCAUUCAGGAAGAGUUGCACCGGCUUCGCGAAAAAGAAAGCACGAAGAACAAGAAGGAGAGACGAAAGGAAAAUGAGAGAAAGCGCAAGGACAUCAUCCGGAUGCAGAUGCAUAUGACGACACCCAUGGACAUAGGAAUGGAACAAGUAGGAAUAGGAGAGGACACCCCAUUUUCAAUCAAGCCGGUUGAAAGACAGAAAGCUAGAGAUGCGAUUGCUGCUGGCAAAGUGGCCGCGAUUGAAAGUGACAGUGAGGAAGAGUCCGAGUCUGAAUUGGAGGAAACCGAUGAUGAAGGAGACCGACUGGAAAGAGAGCUUGACAUGAUGUACGAGCAGUACCAAAGCCGGAAAGAAGAACGGGAUACGAAGCUGCGGGCGAAGAAAGCUAGGAAAGAUUAUGAGACGGAAGAAUGGGAGGGCUUUUCUAAUUCCGGCGAGGAGGAAGAGGAAAGCUCCGAUGAGGAGAGCGGCGAUUCUUCAAUGGUUCUAAGUACAGACAAGGCACCGAAAUCUGCUGAUCUCUCAAAUAAGGCCGCAGUGUUCUUUGACCAAGAUAUCUUCCAGGAUCUUGGGGACUUGGAUGAAGGCGAGGAUGACGAUGACGAUGACAGCGCCAUCGAGGAAGAAAGUGAGAAUGACAUUUCAGAAGUUUCUGAAAAGAAGAGUACGGAGGAUUUCAACGAGAACACCAAGAGUGUCCGACUUGAGAACUCGCCCGAAGAUGAGCAUGAGGAACCGGACGAUCCCCGAAAGAAGAACGGCCAGCUAGACAUCGAUAUCAUUACUGCAGAGGCUAUGGCACUAGCUCAACAGCUAGCUACUGGCGAGAAGAAAUCUCAGGAUAUCGUGGAUGAGGGAUAUAACCGAUAUUCCUUCCGAGACACAGACGGUCUUCCAGAGUGGUUCUUAGACGAUGAAACCAAGCACAGCAGACCCAACCGGCCCAUCACCAAGGCGGCGGCAGCUGCUAUCAGGGAAAAGAUGCGAUCGAUCAACGCACGACCGAUCAAGAAGGUCAUGGAAGCCAAGGGUCGCAAGAAGAUGAAGGCAGCACAGAAACUGGAACGGCUCCGCAAGAAGUCUGCACUGCUCCUGGAAGAUGAAGGAAUGAGUGAGAGGGACAAGUCGCAAGCUAUUGCCCAGAUGAUGAGCAAAGCAACCAAGAAGAAGCCAAAGCAACAGGUGAAGUUGGUUGUCGCCAAAGGAAACAAUAAGGGUAUCUCAGGUCGUCCACGUGGCGUGAAGGGCAAGUACAAGAUUGUGGAUGCGCGAAUGAAGAAGGAUAUCCGGGCUCAGAAGAGGCUUGCCAAGAAGAAGCAGAAAUAAGGAGGAAGCGGAGGCUAUUGUUUUCCGUAUACAGGAAUGGUGGAAUACUUGGAUAGGUAAUGUGUGAUUUUGGAUGAAUUGAUACCCAAGCAAAAAGGAUCUAUCCAAGAGACAGUGAUCAAAAGAAAGUUGUCUAUAUUCAAGCCAAUAUGGGAGCAAUAGAAGUUAACAUCAGGACAAAUAAAAGCCGAACUGCAAGUCUACCAGGUA